AAUGUUCUAAACGUCGGGCUGUAAGUACACGUACUGUGCAAUUGCUUUGACGUCUGGUUGCAGGCUGUGCUUCGGUGGUUUCUUCGGAAAAUAAUUGUGGGGAUUAUCGACUGAAUUUUCUGCAUUCACCGCACACCCAUAAAACCCUGCUACCUAUCAUCAUUUCCAUUUCUUUCCAUAUAAACGGCAACGAGCGUAACUUCUACAACAGAAAACGGCGUAAUUCUCUCCUAGCGGAGUGUAAACUCGUGGAUACUGCGGUCAUUCGGUACACUUCUAAUAUUUCAGUUUUUCCGUGCACUCGGACUGUGGAGUAAUUCUGGGAAACUUGUUUAUAAACGCAGACAAACAGUGGUGGGUGGGAUACAACGUUUUCAAAGGAAGCUUCGCGUGGAAUCAUCGAAUGACCAGGCUGUGAUGGAAACGGGGAGCAAUCAACGCGAUGUGAGUGCAUAAAGUUGGUCAAAACGUUUGUUUUGUUUGUUUUGAUUUCGUGUCUAUUGGUGGCGACAUUAUAUUCCUGGUUGGCUUGCGUCAGUGACUGAUUAUGACGAAUAGAAAGCCAACUGCGACGUCUAGACUCCGGCAGGACUAUCUACGGCUGAAGAGGGAUCCUGUUCCGUAUAUCACGGCCGAACCACUACCUUCCAAUAUACUUGAAUGGCACUAUGUCGUCAAGGGACCCGAGGAUUCACCCUAUUACGGCGGCUACUACCACGGAACGUUGCUAUUCCCUCGGGAAUUUCCAUUCAAGCCACCUUCAAUAAUGAUGCUCACUCCAAAUGGUCGGUUCAAAACAAAUACGAGGCUUUGUUUAAGCAUAUCAGAUUUUCAUCCGGACACCUGGAAUCCUGCCUGGUCCGUAGCCACAAUUCUCACUGGCCUGCUUAGUUUCAUGCUGGAAAAUACACCGACACUAGGUUCAAUGGAAACCACCGCCUACGAGAAAAAACAACUGGCCAAAAAGUCGCUAGCCUUCAAUCUGAAAAAUUCACAUUUCCGCGACCUUUUUCCUGAUAUUUGUGAAGAGAUCAAUUCCCGGCAACAGCAAACGCAUCAAAAUGGCAACGCAUACGGCGAUCCCUCAAGUAACGGUGAUCUACUCGCAAACGGUGGAGUUGGUUUCGCUGAUGAUAAGAACACACCAAUGCAACAUAAUUCCAAUAACGAUAGCAACUGGCAAUCAAUCUGUUCAAAUUUAAUUGUUGUCAUUAGUUUCGCAAUAUUCGCACUUAUUGUUAAUUAUAUUAUUAAGAGUUUAAAUUAUGAUUGAGACUUCUAGGAGGGAGAGGCAGUACGGGAUGGAAGAAAUGCGCGCAAGAAUGCAAGCAAAUCCGAAUGUACAUAUAUUUACAAUAAAAUGGAUUUAACAUAGCCGAAAGCAAAAUGAUAAAAUCGUAUAAACAUCUGCUAAUCGUUUGUGGUUCGUGUAAAUAGUUAAAUGUUUUGCCCGGAAAUUAAAAAUUUUUUGUUGCUAUAUCAUCGCAAAAUUCAGGCAACGCUGAGAAGUAUUUUCCUUUCACACAAUUUUCCACUAAGAAUUAACAAUUGUUCAUGAGAGCGUCGCGCGUUAAGCCGGGAGCUGGGGUAGGCCACCUUUUACAUGUGUACAGAAUACGACAAACGGCGGCUGAGAAGUAUAAAUCAUUGAUUUAACAUAUUACCACGAUCCCACUAACAUCAAACAAAUAAAUGCAUUGUGAUUAUAGUUAAAAUAAAAGUAAAAAAAAAUCGACGGGAUAUUAUUUAAUAGAA